AUGGGAGACUCCGGGUGGAACGGGCUGCUGGUGCUCGUGUCUCUGCUCAGCCUCUCUGCUGUCACACGGGGCAAAACGGUGAAAUAUCAGACGUUCGAGGAAGACGCGCCCGGGACAGUGAUCGGAAACUUGGCCAAGGACAUCUCCUCCGCUCCCUCUUCCUCGGGAGGCUCCAGGAACAGUUUCAGGAUGAUGAAACAGUUCAACUCCUCGUUCAUCCGCCUGCGGGAGAGCGACGGGCAGCUGGCCAUCGGGGAGCGGAUCGACCGGGAGCGGAUCUGCAGACACGUCCUGCACUGCCUCAUCGCCUUCGACGUGGUCAGCUUCUCCAAGGAGCAGUUCAAACUCAUCCACGUCGAGGUGGAGGUCAAGGACAUCAACGACAACUCCCCCGAGUUCCCCCGGAAAGAGUCGAGUCUGGAGGUCUCCGAGAACACGGCGGUGGGAACGCGCAUCCCGCUGGACUUCGCCGUGGACGAGGACGUGGGGGUGAACUACAUCCAGAGCUACCAGAUCUCCGUCAACAGCCACUUCUCCAUCGACGUGCUCAGCAGGGCCGACGGGGUUAAAUAUGCGGAGCUGGUCCUCAUGAAGGAGCUGGACCGGGAGACGCAGGCGACCUACGCGCUGGAGCUGGUGGCGAUGGACGGAGGGAACCCGUCCCGGUCCGGAACCACGCGUAUCAACAUCAAGGUGAAGGACUACAACGACAACAGCCCGGUGUUCGACCGGAACAGCUUCUCCGUGGACCUGCCCGAGGACGCGCCGGUGGGCUUCCUGCUGCUGGACCUGAACGCCGAGGACCCGGACGAGGGGCUGAACGGGGAGGUGGUGUACGGGUUCGGGAACCAGGUGCCCGCAGAGAUACGGCAACUCUUCAGAGUGGACCGGAAGACCGGACGGCUCACCUUGGAGAGUCCGAUCGACUUUGAAAGUAAGAACACGUACGAGUUCGACGUCCAGGCCACCGACAUGGGUCCGAACCCGAGCCCGGCCAUCUGCAAGAUCGUGGUGCAGGUGCAGGACGUGAACGACAACGCGCCGGAGAUCUCCAUCACCCCCAUGACCUCCAUCACGGCGGGGAUCGCGUACAUCACCGAGGCGGCGACCCGGGAGAGCUUCGUGGCGCUGGUCAGCACCUCGGACCGGGACUCGGGGGCGAACGGCCAGGUGCACUGCACGCUGUACGGACACGACCACUUCAAGCUGCAGCAGGCCUACGAGGACAGCUUCAUGAUCGUCAGCACCAACCCGCUGGACCGGGAGAGGAUCCCCGAGUACAACCUGACGGUGGUGGCGGAGGACCUGGGCUCGCCCCCCUUCAGGACCAUCACCCAGUACACCAUCAGGCUGACGGACGAGAACGACAACGCGCCGGUGUUCAGUAAGUCUGUGUACGAGGUGGCGGUGGUGGAGAACAACGCGCCGGGGGCGUACAUCACCACGGUGGUGGCGCGGGACCUGGACCUGGGGUCAAACGGGAAGGUCAGCUACAAGCUGGCGGACACCUACUUCAUGGGCUCCCCCAUCUCCACCUUCGUGUCCCUGGACCCGGCCAGCGGCUCCCUGUACGCGCUGCGCAGCUUCAACUACGAGGUGAUGAAGCAGAUGGAGCUGCGCAUCACGGCGAACGACGGCGGCGCCCCCCCCCUGACCGGCAGCGCCAGCGUGUACGUGCGGAUCGUGGACCAGAACGACAACGCGCCCGUCAUCACGCAGCCCCCCCUCAACAACGGGUCCGCGGAGGUGCUCCUGCCCCGGGACGCGCCCACCGGCUACGUCAUCACGCGGGUGGAGGCGCGGGACGCGGACGAGGGCGUGAACUCUGACCUCUGCUACGGGCUGCUGGCCCCCGGGGGGGAGCCCUCCGUGUUCUCCGUCAACAAGGCCUCCGGGGAGGUCUACCUGAACCAGGUGCUGAGCCACGACGUGGACGAGACCCUCAGCGUCACCGUGACGGUGAGUGACGGCGGCCGGCCCGCGCUCACCUCCACCGCGACCCUGCGCUUCCUCAUCAUCGCCGGCCCCCCGCCGAGCGACCGCACCGUGUACCAGGCGGGCUCCGGGGGGGACGAGGCGCAUGCGCAGUGGGACCUGUCCGUGGUGGUCAUCGUGGUGCUGGCCGGAAGCUGCACGCUGCUGCUGCUCGCCAUCAUCCUCAUCGCCACCACCUGCAGGGGGCGCAAGCAGGACAAGAGCGAGGGGGGGGACAGCGACUCGUACGGAGAGAAGGGCACGCUGGACCGGGUGAGGACCCACGUGGGGGACAACCCGCUCCUCCCUCUCCACGGGGGGGAGGGGCCGGGAGUGGCGUUUGACGGACAGUCGUACAGCAGCCAGCCCGGCGGGUUCACCUCGGCUCACCCCGGGGGGGGCAGCGACCUGUGCUCGGCCUCGGAGGACGGCAGCGAGGUGCCCUGUGUGUAUGACUCCGACCACAACAGCAAGCUGCGAGGGACAAAACACGAGGGUUACUCCACUCUGCCGGGCUACGGGAACGGGAAGGAGGCGGUGAGGCCCAUCACCAUCUGGAAGGGGAACUCCUACACCACCAUCUCUGCCAGGGACCCGGCCUUCAGUGGCAAGGACAGCGGCAAGGGGGACAGCGACUUCAAUGACAGCGACAGUGACGUCAGUGGAGACACAGGCCUGAAGAAAGAAGGAGCAGUGGUUCCUCCCAUGGGCGGCCAAAAUGCUCUGUGGGCAUGCACCAGUGAGUGCAAGGUCCUGGGUCACUCGGACCGCUGCUGGAGCCCCUCGGCGGUGAGGGCCAACGCGGCCCCCUCCCCGGCCCCCACCCUCUCCUCCUUCAACAGCCUCCCCAAGACCGCCUCCCUCCCCCGGGACCCCAACCGCAGGGACAACUUCUACCAGGCCACCAUCCCCAAAACCCUGGGGCUGCAGAGCGUGUACGAGAAGGUGCUGCACCGGGAGUACGACUACGUGCUGGUGACCACACCCCGGCCUGUGAGGGUGCAGGAGAUCAGUGACAUCACCAUUCCCCUGGUUUACACCCCCACCCCAACACACUGCCCCAACAACGAGGCCUAA